AUGCCGAAAAGAAGCAAUGAAGAUAAGAUACGUCGCUACAAGCGUAAGCUUCGAAAACUCGAAGAAAAAUGUAACAAAAGUUACAAGAGAAUAAUUAUGUCCGAGGAUUCGGAACAAUCAGACAAAAAUGAGAUUGAUGAGCCUGAGGCUGUUUCGUUACAACCCGCACCUCUUGACCAAAAUAUUCAAGAUGCGAUUGAAGGUACCGACCAAAAUUUAACAAAUGGUUUAGAACCUGUCACCUUACAACUAGAUUCAGCUAUUCUGACCGCUUUAGGCGAAUCUACCGAGAUAGCUCCUAAAUUCGGGCCAAAAAUACAUGAUAAGCUAUCAUGUCUUUGGUUGCCAAUACUGAAGAAAGGCCUAAAUAAGGAUCAAAAAGAAAAACUCCUCAAAGAGUAUUUGAUUCCCGAGAAUUGUGCGCUGUUACAGCCGCCUAAACUAAACCCAGAAAUUUUGGCGGCAGUUUCUGAAGGUACCCGCAUUCGAGACAAAAGAGUAGAAGCGGUACAGAAACAACUAGGACAAGGUAUUGUGGCACUCAAUAAGGGUUUAGAGCUCCUGUUAGACGAAGGCAGCGAUAGAAUCUCAGCCAUAAAAUUUUUGAGCGACAGUUGCCGCAUAUUGUGCGACUUACACUUUCUCGAGACGAAUUCUCGCAAAAAAUUUAUCACACCCGGACUAGACAGGAACUUCCUAAGCUUAAUGCAAGACGUCGAACACGACGAGUUAUUAUUUGGAAAUCAACUUCCCGAAAAAAUCAAAGCCUCUAAGACGAUAGAAAAACAAGGCUUACGGAUAGAAUCUACGUCUACGUCCUACGUUUACCAGCCUUCGACGAGCCGCUCCCGCCAGCCGGGAAACUGGGCCGGCCCUCCUCGCUUCCCGUCGACCAGGGGGGGGAGGGGAGGGCAGAGGACGAGAGGGACUCCAAUCCAGUCACCCGCUCUGUCGCAGCCUUUUCCUGGGGGCCGCGACGCUCUCAGGGAAGCAUUCACUAGACUGAAUACUCCCGCUAUAGCAUUAGACCUUAUGCUAGCUUCGGUGUCAGAUAACACCAUGAAACAGUACUCGGUGACAAUCCUAGAAGAUUAUCUGCAGACCACAUCUAACUUGAGAACCGACGAGACCGCAGAUAAUCUUUUGCCCAGUUAUAAGAAACCUCACAAGAGGGUAACCUCACAAACGAUCAGCAGGUGGAUAAAACAGACGCUCGCGGAGAGCGGCGUGGACGUGGGGGUGUUCUGUGCUCACAGCACCCGGCACGCCUCCACCUCGGCGGCGGCCUCCGCUGGCGUCUGCGUCGACACUAUCAGGAGGACGGCCGGCUGGACCAGCUCGUCCGCCGUGUUCGCACGGUUCUACAACCGCCCCGUACUCGACGAAGGAGCAUAUGCUCGAUCCGUUUGUGGGGUUACCGAUAACACCAAUUGA